CAUUGGUGAUUCGAAUAACUGUGCUGGUCUUGUAAACACAGCGAUGUAAACAUUUUCUAUAGCUCUGUAAAUGACCAUCUGAAAUACUGACAAUGUUAUUAUCUGCGUUAACGGUAUUUUUAAAGAUUAACAAUCGAUUUAGUAGUGAUUUUUGCUAAACGAUAUAAUGGAGCUGAACGGCUUCCACUGUGAGGGCGAGGGAUGUACGGAGAAGCAGGAGGAAGAGUCGACGGCGCUCAAGCUGCCUCGGUCAAAGACGGACGCCUCCUGUAGCAUGAUCGCUACAGCGGCUCCAGACGGUGAAGCGGCCGGGGGAAGUGCGCUCAGAGAGCGGCGGGUGUCAGAAUCGAUGCCGGCGAUGCUGAGGCUCGACUCACUGAAAAAAAACAGGCCGCCUUUCCCAUGGUUUGGCAUGGAUAUUGGUGGCACAUUGGUGAAGCUGGUCUACUUUGAGCCCAAAGACAUUACAGCAGAAGAAGAGCAGGAAGAGGUGGAGAGUCUGAAAAGCAUCCGUCGUUUCCUCACCUCACACACCGCCUAUGGCAAAACAGGAAUUCGGGAUGUUCACUUGGAGCUCUUGGACCUCACCCUUUGGGGCCGCAAGGGCAGCCUGCACUUCAUCCGCUUUUCAACGCAUGAGCUUCCUGCUUUUCUGCAGAUGGGCCGAAACAAACACUUCUCCAGUCUGCACACUGCUCUCUGUGCCACAGGAGGUGGUGCGUUUAAAUAUGAGGAGGACUUCCGUACGAUGGCCAAUCUGAAGCUGUUCAAGCUGGAUGAGCUGGAGUGUUUGAUAAAGGGUGUGCUGUACAUUGACUCAGUUGUCUCUAGUGGUCUAUCAGAAUGUUACUAUUUCGAGCACCCAACAGACCCUGAGCUUUGUGAACAGAAAGCAUAUAAUCUGGAGAACCCGUAUCCUCUGCUGCUUGUCAACAUUGGCUCUGGUGUUAGCAUAUUGGCUGUAUACUCCAAGGACAACUACAAACGUGUCACUGGAACCAGUCUAGGUGGUGGUACAUUCCUUGGGCUGUGUUGCCUGUUGACGGGAUGCUCCACCUUUGAGGAGGCACUGGCAAUGGCCACUGAAGGGGAAAGCACACGUGUAGAUAAACUUGUCAGGGAAAUCUAUGGUGGUGACUAUGAGCGAUUCGGCUUGCCCGGAUGGGCUGUUGCCUCCAGCUUUGGGAACAUGAUGUGUAAGGAGAAGAGAGAGUCAGUUUCAAAGGAGGAUCUGGCUAGAGCAACACUCGUGACCAUCACAAACAACAUCGGCUCCAUCACGCGCAUGUGUGCGCUAAACGAGAACAUUAAAAGAGUGGUUUUUGUUGGGAAUUUUCUGAGGGUGAACACAUUAUCCAUGAAGUUGCUCGCGUAUGCUUUGGACUACUGGAGCAAAGGACAACUCAAAGCCCUGUUCCUUCGACAUGAGGGUUAUUUCGGAGCGGUUGGUGCACUUUUGGAACUACCAAACCCAUCCUGAGCUGCUAAACAAUUUCACAUUGUAUCUUUCUACCAAACAAAAGCACGCAAAUAUUCAUGCAAACAGACCAAAGGUGCCUUCGGAUAUCAGACAAAACUAUGCAAACCAGGCCCUGUAUAUUAUUAAUACCAAAGAAAUACUGUAGUAAUUAUAAUAACAUCUCUUAAUAGAGAGUAAUACAAUGAUAUCCGUCAAUAAGGAUUAACCAAGUCAAUAUUAGGUAUAGCAAUUACUGCAGUUCUAUUUGUAGCUUUUUUAUUUAUUUAUUUUUUUCACCUUUUUCAAAAUCUAUAAAUGUAAAUCAAAAGUGACGACCAUCAAAAUCUGGUAUAAAAAUAAGCUAGUAAGAUCUGAUUUUACACACAUCGACACAUCUUAAGUGAUUAGAUGUCACUUCUAUCCCUACUGGUUUUAAAUUGAUUUACCAUUAGGCAGAGAUUGAAGCUUGUGGUUGUAAGUGACAGCAAUAAUUACCUAAGCGUGUAGUACUGUUUUUAGGGACUAGUCAUAAUUUACUCGGGUAUCAGUCAAGCACCUUUUCUUUCUCAUUUUGCUCUUUUCUGAUGAAACGUAUACAGUUAAUGGAGAGUGCGUAUAUAAUUGGAUGUGGAUUUGAAUGUAACCGAUAUGUUCUAAGUGUGUUCAAAAUGUGUAGUUCAUGUUAUGUUUGUAGACAAUUAAUGUUAUGAUGCUUGACAGCAUUUUGACUAAAGCAACUGUUUGAGAGAAAAGGACCAGGUAAAGCGUUGACAUAUUAUCUGGAAGGGGAACAAAACAUUUGCACUAUGCGUAAUUCUCCAAAGUCUUCAAAGCUGUUUUUGUUUUGUAAUUAGUUUGGUGUCUCAGUUGCUGUAACAAUGCAAGAUGUAACAGCAAAUCAGUGUGUGCAGUGUAAUAUUGUUGUGUAUGGAGCUUUUUGUGUAUGUUUGUACAAAUUUCAGGUUUGUUGCUACACCAGCGUAAUAAGUGCCUCCUGUUUGUUUGAAAAAUGGUAAACAGGCAUUGUGUUCAACCAAAUUUAUUUUUGUUUUUUAAAUAAACGACAUCACAAUAUAAUUGGGCUUCUUUAUACUUUUGACCCACAGAAUCAUAAAAAACAAAUUUGUUUAUUGAAUUAAAAUGAUUUUUAUAAUUAUUACAUUAAAAUAAUAUUGAAUGCAUCGCACUGAAAUAAUCUCUAUUUUAAAAUCAGAGCAAUGGCUGCAAUCAUGAGGAGAUUGCAAGCAAUGCUAAAUUAACCUUUACAAUUUAUGUGUUAGCCCUGGCUGAGCCAGUUGGCAUUUCUGUGUGAAGUUUGCAUGUACUCCUCGUGUUGGCAUGGGUUUCCUCCGGGUGCGCUGGUUUCUCCCACAGUCCAAAGACAUGUGGUAUAGGUGAAUUAAAUAAGCUAAAUUGGCCUUAGUGCAUGUGUGUGAAAUAGUGUGUGUGGGUGUUUCCCAGUGUUGGGUUGCAGCUGAAAGGUAAUGGUCUGUAAUGCUGGAUAAGUUACGCCUAGUUCAGACUGCGUGAUUUUAGCACCGAUUUUGGCUCACAGACAGGUUUUGAGAAAUCGCCGACAAAUACCUGAAAUCACAGGCUAAUUGCUGCUCGUGCUGCUCGUGCUCGUGAAAUGAUCCCAGAGGCUCGAUUUGUGUUAAAAAUAUUCCGAAAAGUAUUAAUGUUAUAUUUAUAUUCUACAUAUUAUAUUACUAAAGCACAACAGCAGCUUGUUUACAUUCAUUGGAUAUAAUCAGGGCCGGAGUGGGACUCCUUUUCAGCCCUGGAGUUUCAAGCCUUUGACCGGCCCACCUCAGUUCACGGCUAACUAUAUUAAAAUAAGGUCAUUUCCAAUUCAGUUUCUAAUUACACUAUUAAGUCUUUUUAAAGAAAAUAGCUGCUUUAGAACUUUAAAUGUUCAACAACCUUACAGUUUUAUAUGUCUUAACAAUAAAAAUGAAAAGAAAAAAAAGUUAGUCUCUGGUGAGGAUCGAACACAGGUCACUGACUGCUAGACCACAACAGUUCUGCUGUACAUACAUUACCGGAAUGAUAUUUCAUCAUUCUGCAGGCUACAUUCUGCUCAUGAGGCUGCGAGACAAUAAAUAAGAAGAGCGGAGCUGCUGCAAAAUAAUGGAUAAAAAGACUGAGGCUAUGGUCAAAUAAUUAAAUAAAUGAAAAAAAGUGUGACUGCGACUGCUGCUUUCUCCGUUCGCCAUGCUGGAGAGAAACAGUCUGUGCAAAUGAAGCGCAGAGUUGGUGUCAUUGACUACAGCUCUCAUCUAAUUGGCUGAAAGGUACGAGUUACCCUGCCUCUGGCAGGAAAGUCUCAAAAAUACUCACAAACGUAUCCAGGGGGAGUCGUACGUGAAAGAGGAUUUGCACAUUCUCAUUCAGGA